GGCCCCAUCGGCACAGAAGGGCUGCUUUAUAGCUGGGAUCCUCGGUGCCGUAUGGCUGCUGGCUCCUUGGCAGCUGUCUUUACGGACCAGUGGGCAGAGGAAAAUUAACGCUGACAAGACUUGCAUCUUGGAAGGGACUGGAAUCUACUGUAGGGAAGAACAGAGCCUCUCAAUCACGCGGGUGUAAAUAAGAGACGGAGGGGAGUCCAACAGAAAAGGAAGAGGAGGGGAGAAAAAAGUGUGUGCUGGGGGGAGCGGGGCAAAGCAUUUUUGGUGGAUGGUAUGAAGCCAGCCAUGGAAACUGCAGCCGAGGAAAAUACUGAACAAAGCCAAGAGAGAAAAGUGAACAGCAGAGCUGCAGUGGAAAUUGGCAGGUACCACUGGAUGUACCCAGGCUCAAAGAACCACCAGUACCAUCCCGUGCCAACACAGGGGGACAGGGCUGGCCCCUUGAGCAGUCCAGGCUGCUUCGAAUGCUGCAUCAAGUGUCUGGGCGGAGUCCCCUACGCCUCCUUGGUGGCCACCAUCCUCUGCUUCUCUGGAGUCGCCUUGUUCUGCGGCUGCGGGCAUGUGGCUCUCGCUGGCACUGUGGCGAUUCUUGAACAACACUUCUCUACCAACACCAGUGACCAUGCUUUGCUGAGCGAGGUAAUCCAACUGAUGCAGUAUGUCAUCUAUGGAAUUGCGUCCUUUUUCUUCUUGUACGGGAUCAUUCUUUUGGCAGAAGGUUUUUACACCACAAGUGCAGUGAAGGAACUGCACGGUGAGUUUAAAACCACCGCCUGUGGCCGAUGCAUCAGUGGAAUGUUCAUUUUCCUCACCUAUGUGCUCGGAGUGGCCUGGCUGGGCGUCUUUGGUUUCUCUGCAGUGCCCGUGUUUAUGUUCUAUAAUAUAUGGUCAACUUGUGAAGUCAUCAAGUCACCGCAGACCAAUGGGACAGUGAGUGUGGAGCAGAUCUGCGUGGAUAUCCGGCAAUAUGGUAUCAUUCCUUGGAAUGCUUUCCCGGGGAAAAUAUGUGGUUCUGCCCUGGAGAACAUCUGCAACACAAAUGAGUUCUACAUGUCCUAUCACCUGUUCAUUGUGGCCUGUGCGGGAGCUGGUGCCACCGUCAUUGCCCUGAUCCACUUCCUCAUGAUACUGUCUUCUAACUGGGCUUACUUAAAGGACGCAAGCAAAAUGCAGGCUUACCAGGAUAUCAAAGCAAAGGAGGAACAGGAACUGCAAGAUAUCCAGUCUCGGUCAAAAGAACAACUCAAUUCUUAUACAUAAAUGUUUGCCAGAGUGUUUCCGCCGAAGAGUUUGCCACUCUGACAAAUCACCAGACAGCUGCUCUGCAGUACAGAUAUGUGUCCCCCAAAGUCCCGUAGAAGCCCAGACACAUCACUGUCUGUCUCACGCUGCUGGGAUGUAUUUCUAGGAAAGCCUUCCAGUGGGUAAAUCUUUUCCUUUAGAACAGAUAUUGGAGGUUUCAUGUUAGCCAUUUUAAAAGGCAACACUUUGACCAAAUGAUGGAUUCAUCCUUUUGAAAUUGGUGGCAUGUUCACACUUAGGACUAGGGCAGUCAUACCAAGACAGGCCAUGAGAUAAAUCAUGCUCCUUGAUAGGGACCUGCAAUGUGCCAACAUCAAGGGAUGUGACCACAAACUCACAUGUGCCCCCUGCCCUCCAAUCAGUGUAUUCAUACAGGAAUCACACGGAGGCUCCAUUUCUGACAGCUGACAUUUAUUACAUUUGGGCUCAUCAAAGAUAAUGUGAUUCUUACAAUUGACUUUUUUUUUUUUUUUUUUUUAAUUAGCUGACUGUGUUUUUCCCCAAGUUCAGGACACGUGAAUUUCCUGAGCAGAUCACAAGCCCACUUUUCAAUAAUGCUAAAAUGAGCUACUCUAAUUCUGCCUGACCUACUGCUGAGUGAGCUGGGCUCUGACUCAUUGACAAGCUUCUGGAAUCCAUUUUAUGAUAGAUUUCCUUUUAAUAAAAUGGUAAUGACGCAGUCAUGGUCGUUCUUCUUGGGAAAUAAAUGUCAGCUCUGCCUUAAUGAGUAUUUGCUUUAAAUUUCUACAAGUUUAUAUUGCAAUGGGAGACCCUGACUCCUUCACAGAAUUUUGUUCCAUCAACGCUUUUCUUAAUUAAGAAUAAGAAGUGUUACCUUAUUAAAAUGACCACCAUCCGACUCCAUUCCUAAGUGGUCUGGAUAUAGUGAGUUUACAGUUUCAUACCAACUAUCUAAAGCCUAAUUACAAAUAGACCACAGACCUCCUACUUUUAUAGACUUGAAUACUUAAGUAAUUUAAAUUAGGGUAUUUAUUUCGCUUUUUCAUCUCUAAAUCUUAGUUUCCUGGAAUAAUAAUAAUAAAGCUCAAUGUUCAGUGAGAAAACUGCUUGAGUUUAAGCCAUUUGCAACAGAAACUUGCCUUCUAAAUCACGUGUUCCAGAACGUUAAGUGACUCUCUAGGUAUGGGUAUUAGUGGUGGUAAACUUUGUGUUGUUCUUUAUGAAAUGAUACAUAUAACCGUCGGGUGCAUCAGUGCUUUUCAAAGGGGCUGCAUUAUCUAGUUAACCAUGUAUAUUCAUGUUAAGAGUUAACUUGUGGUUUGGCUGUUUCCUGGAUUUUAAAACAUAUACGUGUGCAGAAAUGUAUGAAAAUGAAAGGAAGCAUACCUUUAUCAAAAUGCUAUUAAAACUGAACCUUCCUCAAGUAUGAUUAUUUCAUUUGAAUUCUUUCUUUGGUUAAUGCCUACAUGCCUAUUUGGAACUUUCUGGUGUUUUCCUUGGGAGCAGCUCUCUUCUGUGUGGAACCGUUGCUCCGGAGUAGCUUAGUGCUUUGGUUUCCUGUUGCAUGACACACUUCUUCAAUGUUCUUUCCAGCAGUGGAGGUGCUGUUAGUGUCCCGUGUUCUAGAAGAGACAGUGUCUAAAGCCGAAUUUUACUUUUCUAAUUCUGGUAGCCAUUGCCAGGAAUUUUUGAAAGUUUUGUUGAAGUAGUCUAAUAUUUUUUAUGUAAAGAGCAUUAAAUUUUGCUAUGUAUAAAUUUUUGUAACCUAACAGUGAAUCAAUAUUUUCUAUCAGUGCCAAGGGCUUCCUGUAGUUCUAUUCAAGUGUUACAAUAAAUAUUUGUAGAUAAUAGUCAAUACUCGUGUAUGCUUAUUUUAAAGAUCUAUUUAGGUGGAAACACUUGUGGAUGUACUGAGAGUCAUGCAAUAAAAUGAUAGCUUCA